CCACAUUGCGUACCAGGAAAUCCGAUCGCCAUUCGCGACCUUUGAAUUGGGGGGGCGGGGGGUUAAAAACGUGCUCUCCGUGUUGCAGUUGCUAAAAGGCCCCCAACUAGGUGUCGUUCAAUAUGAGCAGUCUUCCACGCGGAACCGGUCUUAUUGACCAGCCCAUUCCUUAUUCUUCAGGCCAGUAUCGUGGGCUUACAAUGCGCACUCGCGUCAAGGAACUUCAAAAAGCAGUUCUUGGUCGCAAAUAUGCUAACGUUGACCGUCGUCCUCUCGACCCUCCGCCUGUCAUCUCGAUGUCUAUCAGCACCGUACAUGACGCAGGAAUGAAUAGGCAACGCGAGGAAGAGAUAGAGGAUUACGGGGAAGUGCAGACUGCCGGCCUAAUGUGCACUGUUGAUUUAUUUCCAGUUAUUCCUCCGCCACCAGAACACCCGCUAACAGACAUCGUGCAUCGAGAGCGGCAUACCGGGAUACCAAUCCUCGAAAGCUCCAAGAUGACGACCUCACUUGUCGGCGCAACGUUUGUCCAGCCUAACCUCAUAGACUGGGAAGGAAAGCGCCAGCUCAUGUUCGUGUUUUCCGACUUGGCCGUGCGACAAGAAGGCCAAUUCCUACUCCGCUACCGGGUUUUCGAUCUUUUCGCCCGUGCGCAUGGCCAAUCCGAUCUGACUAUACAGGCGGAAUGUUUUGGCGGCGUCUUUCGCGUCUAUUCUACCAAGGAGUUCCCUGGCUUACCACCUUCUACCGAACUGACAAAGCAUAUUCAGCGUUACGGGGUACGCCUCAAUGCUCGUGAGACGGAACGAAAGCGCCGGAAACCCAGCGAGAGACUUCCGGACGAGGCUGGACAGUCGAAGAAACGAAAGCAUGAAGAUGGGAGCGAUCCUGAGGCGUAUGAAAAUGAUAGUGGAGAUCUAGUAGCGGGUGGCAUCUGUAUCAAUCUUGUACCUCUUGGAACCUGGACGUAACCCGGCAUCAUUCGUAAUCCCGGAAUGUGGCUCAAAUUCAAGCACUUUCGCAAGACGCGUCCUGGCGGAAGUCGUUUUUCUCUGCUCUAUGAAAUUAUCAACCGAUUGUGUCGCUCUGCAUACCAAGGAUAGCUCUAUACUAUCGAUGAAUAUGUGGACGUAAAGGCCAUAAAGACACAAUAGAUCAACGGU